CGAAGGUGGUGUACCGUGCAUGGUUCUACCUGACCAGCUCUUUAUCCACAUCUUUGGCAUGCUCGAUGGCCCCGCGCUUGCCGCGGUGGCGCGGACGUGUACUCUCUGGCGCGCCGCGGCGACGUACGUUGCGCUUGAGGGUCGAAUUCAACUCCCAUCGCGGCUGUGGAUCCUCACCGAGGAGUUGUUGCAGAUGUAUGUGACCCGCGAUGUCGAGUUGGACGUGGUGCGUGUGACGCCAGGCAACAAUCCUCUCGCGACGUAUGCACUCGAGAAGAAGGCCAUGGGUUGGUCUGGACCGCUGGAUAGCCUCGCCGAGGCCGAGAACAGUCGGCAGAUGGAACUUGACGGCUCGAAGCUUGAGCUUCGGCAUCCGUACACUGCAGUCGAGUCCGGAUCGUCGUCGACGACCGACGACGAGGAGCACGAGGAGGCAGAGGCGAGCGGUGAGGCUGCGUCUGCCGCCAGCACUCUCUCAGACUCGUCGGUGCUCUCGGCAUCGCGGACAGGCGAUGCAUGCAUGUCGCACAGCUCGUUGUCGACAAGCAGCCUCAGCUCAGCUAGCUCAAGCUCAAGCUCUGAAGGGUGGAGCCCGUCGUGGUGGAAGACGGAUCCGCCGACGCGGCUCGCGCUCCAGGGCGCGACGCUUAUGGACACAGCAGAACUGCUUACUCUGCUGGAAGGCGUGGUAGCGUCGCUGGCAUCACUAGAGGUCCUGGACCUCUCGCGGCUCAAUGUGUAUGUGGCCGAUGCCACCGGUGAGGCGUUUGGACUCUCGCCGGAAGACCGGCGGCCGCAGCGAGAGCUGACCAUGCAUGGCGGGCCUCUGUCGAUGUCAGCAACGUCGCUGUUGUCAGACGAGGUUGCCGCUACUCGCGACUACUCAAUGCUCAACACGUACAGGCUGACGGAGCCUGCCGGAGUCGCCUCGCUCCUCCCUCUGGUGGCCAGUCUCUCGUCGUUGACCGAGCUCAAUCUGACGCGGUGCCUCGGAGUGACCGAGGUGACGCUUGCGGUUGUACUGAGCAACAUGUCGCGGCUCCGUGUGCUGCGUGCGGCGACAUGCCUGGAGGUUGUUGGCGGCUUUACCCUCGACGGCGCGGCGACGCCGGAGCUGGAGAUCCUUGACGUGAGCCAUUGCUACGACCUGACGUUUGUGAGCAUGCGGGCGCCACUGACGCGGCUCCGCGAGUUGCACAUGGUGGCGACGCACGUACCUGAGAUCGAUCUGCUGGCGAUGUUCAAGGGUAUGCCAAGACUGGAAGUCGUGAAUCUGGCGCGGGUGGCCGGGGUGAGCAACAAGGCCGUGUUUGCGAUGGCGGUGGCGGCCGGCUCACGGCUCCGCAAGCUGCAUCUCGACGGGGCGACAAGCAUCACGACGCUCGCAUGUCGCCACCUGGCGUCGCAGUGUGACGGGAUCCGGUGGCUCUCGCUCAACGCAUGUCCGCUGGUCGAGUUUACUGGAGUGGAGGAGGUGUUUGACGGCAUGCCCGAGCUGGAGACGCUCGAUGUGGGGUCGUGCGUGGGGUUUGUGGGCGAUGUGGCAGUGAUGGCCCCAGCAUCGCUGCGGACGCUCAACCUCUCACACUGUGUCAACGCGCGGUUUGUGACGGUCUCUGGCCGAAGCCUCCGCAAGCUGCUGUUCCGGUCAAACGAGUUGUCGAAGAAGUUCUCGAUCAAUCUCAAGACGCCAGUGCUCGAGGAGCUGGACCUGACGCUCGCAGCGCCGUGCACCGACGCGCGGCUGCUGGCGAUUGGUGGACGAUGCCCCAACUUGCGAACGCUCAUCAUUUCGUCGACGCGGUUCUCGUCGCUAGGCUCGUUCCUGUUUGCGUACCAGAAGCUGCGGCGACUGGACAUCAACCAGUGCUUCCAGUGCUCGGACGAGUCGCUGUGGGCGGUGGCACGGUGGUGCGAAAAGCUCGAGGUGCUGAGCAUGUGGGGCCUCGACCAGCGCAUUUCCGAGAUAACGGUGGCCGAGGUCCGCCAGACGCUACCUGAGCUACGGAUUGUGCGGUCUGCUUUUGACUGAGUUCGGAUGGAGGUGAGAGAAAGAGAGCUACGAUUCGGCCAGCAUGUCAUCGGCAAAGCGCGUGCGGGCGUGGGCCUCUGCUGACGCGAGGCGGGAUUCUGUGGCGGCGACCGAGAUGGGAACGGCGUCGAGAGGGCGGUCGUCCAUGAGGCGCGGGCCCAAAGCGAGGCGGUCGGCAAUGGCAGUGUCGGCGGCACGGGCAGCGG